AUGUUUAAGCUUAUAUUCAAAAAGUUUGUCUUGCGAUCUGCUAAAAGGCAAGAUGUUUAUAGUUACAAGCAUUAUAAGCCUCUUGACAACGAGAAAAUGAAAGCCACGGAACCGCCACACGAUGUGAAGAAAGGGCAGUUUGCGGUAAUCGCAACUGAAGGAGAUGUAGCCAACAGGUUCGUAGUUGAAUUGGAUUGUCUUAAUAAUAAUCCUGCCUUCUUGAAACUGUUAGAGAAAGCGGAGGAAGAAUUUGGGUUUAGACAAGCUGGAGUUCUUAGUUUACCUUGUAAACCAGAUGAGCUCGAGAGGGCUUUAGGUAGUAGAAGAAAAUAA